CCCCGCGUCACACACUGGUCACACACACCAUCACCUGAGUGUGUGUGUCUGUGUGUGUGUAUUUUACUGCAAGAGCGGCUACGCACUUGGACGCAAACACAUCCACGGACACGAUGUGACACUCCGCCGUGCGUAAUUUACGCAUUUGGAGAGCGGUGCGCACUGGAUACGUGCCCUUGCACCGCGGGGAUCCGGCUGGUUCGGGGGACGCCUGCUGCUGCUGGGGUGAGAGUCCAGGGAUGCUGCGGCUCGUCUGGCUGCCGGAGUGCCGCCGGGCAACGUGAUUUGACUCAUCACCAGGGGAAUCUCCCGCUAUGCAUCACUCAGGGGACGUCUGAGCCUCUCCUGCGGUGGUCUUCCUCUUUCCCCAGCCUGCAAGAUGGGGAAUAGUUUCUCCAACCUGGCUGCAUUCCAGUCCCUGCACAUAGUCAUGCUGGGGCUGGACUCCGCAGGUAAAACCACCGUGCUGUACCGGCUGAAAUUCAACGAGUUCGUGAACACGGUGCCCACCAUCGGCUUCAACACGGAGCGGAUCCGGCUGGGGGGCGCGGGGGCCUCCAGGGGCAUCAGCUGCCACUUCUGGGACGUCGGGGGCCAGGAGAAGCUGCGGCCCCUGUGGAAGCCCUACAGCCGCUGCACGGACGGCAUCGUGUACGUGGUGGACUCCGUGGACGCCGAGAGGCUGGAGGAGGCCCGGACCGAGCUGCACAAGAUCACCCGCUUCUCGGAGAACCAGGGGACCCCGCUGCUGGUCAUCGCCAACAAGCAGGACCUGCCCCGGGCGCUGGAUGUCGGGGAGAUCGAGAGGCAGCUGGCCCUGGGCGAGCUGAGCCCCUCCACCCCGUACCACGUCCAGCCGGCCUGCGCCAUCAUAGGAGAGGGUCUGGACGAGGGCAUGGACAAACUGUAUGAGAUGAUAGUGAAGAGGAGGAAGUCGCUGAAGCAGAAGAAGAAGAGGCCGUGAUGACACUUAUGGAUGAUUGAUUGGGUGGCAAAAAAAUAACCAGAUUAAUCAUAUCUAUAGAAAUAUUCUAGGAUGGAUUCUAAUGAUAUUUUUAAAGUGAUAGAAUACGUAGCAGAUAAACAAGCACCAUGAAGCAUAAAUAUCAUUGUUAUGACUUGCAGAAACAUUGCAAGUCUCCAUGAAUGAUGGCAAAAUAUAUAUAUACAGUGAUGCCACACGCAGUAUAAACUCAUCCACAUUCAUAUGCUCCAAUAGGAAUGUAAGAGAGGGACGCAGCUCAGAUAAAACGCCUGAUUUCUUUGACUUUAUUUGCAGUAAACAAGUAGAUGAUCUUGUGAUGUGAACUCUCAAAAUAAUCAGAACAAAUCCAUGGGAAGAUAGUGAUGUUUGCCUUGAUUGACGACUGUUCGUAGCUCCUGUAGAGGGAGGUGGUGUGUCUAUGAACUGUGGUAAGUCCCUGACAUGGGGGAUAUUAAUAUGAUUGCUUCAUUAGGGGGCCUGCUAGAGCAGAGAUGUGGUAUAGAGAGUGCAGACCUACUGGCAGGGCUCCCUGUUGCUGCUGCUGGUGGUGCUGGUGUGAGCCGUGCACAGAUGUGUUGUAAAUGGGAUUAGGGACGCACUGGUGCACAGGCUGGUGUUCAGAGCCGUGGGAUGGUGUUACGCCAAAGACGACUCCCCUGGGAAGACACACAAACUGCUCUGUCUCCUCCAUCCUCCAGGGUUUGGUAGUUUAUUGCCCCUCCCUGCCACUUUGAGGUGAAAAUAUAAAUCCAGAAGUGAACGAAUCAGACUGUAGCAUUUAUUACACCAAUUAUCUCUUUGCAGGAAGCAAGCUGUUUUUGAAAGUGAAUAGCAAAAUGGCAGUGUUUGAAUCUUACCCCGUGACCAACCCCUGACUUUCCAGGCUGUGUGUCUUAUCCCAGAGAGGCCCUCUUUGAUCCCCCCCCUCCUUGAGCUCUUCAGCUCUGUGAACAGCUGAUUCUGUCUUUACACAACACAGCAGAUGUCUGCCUGGGACUGUAUUGACCAUUUUAUCUCUGCUUCCUCUGAUUCUUUGCACUCGUCUCAUGGUUCUCCUCCUGAUUUACAGUGAGAUUGUUCAGCUGUUCCUGUGGUGAUGCUGCUUUUCUUCCAUGAAAAAUAAGCAGUUGCCAUUUCCUAGUUUCCAGUGGGGUAUAUUUGCUACAGAAAGUCCUACAAAUAAUCUCCGACGGCAGCAAUUUGAUGACAAAUAAUUGCACAUAAACCACUUUCAUGGCCAGAACAAAGAUAACAUGUGAACAAUAGCUUGUCUUGUUUUAUAGAACAGAUCCUUUAGUUUGAAGAGUAAAUCUAAAUCUAGCGUGAAUGUUGAAGUUGAGGCUGUAACUACUCUUUGUUUGCUUUAAGUGGAAUUCCCUAUACACUUCUGACCAGGAGAUCCUUAAGAUUAAUGUUUAAUCAACUGAUUAUUUCAGUCCUAGUUUCUUCUCCUUUUUCCCUAGUGUCUGAUUUCACUGUUUAUAUCAUCCGCCAUCUCAAAAUGUUCAUACUUUUUUUCCUGAUGACAAAAAGAACACGUUUCGUAGUCGUCAUCAUAAAAGGAAAAUAUUUCAAACAUAAAUUCAGAUAAACUUAAAAGGUCAGGAUUGUUGGAAAAAACAUAUUUAUAAUUUUAAUUGUGAAUCAGCUGUUUGUCAGAGUUGUCGAGAACGUUUAUGUGCGUGCACCCCCGCCCUGUGUCGACCUGCUGGCGGUGACAUGACGGCGACCGGGGGGGAAAGUGUCUUCCAGUAAUGACGACGUAGUGAAACCAACCAACAGGCUGGAACCUGUUCAGCUGCUUCUACACAAUGACCCUUUCUCUUAUUGGAUGAAACUUUAUCCUCAACUUGUCCUCCAGUUAAAUGAUGAACCGAAACCUUGUGUAUGUUUGAAUCAAAUUUAUCCCCUGACCACAACAGUGUUAGCAUUGAGCCCUCCCUAUUUUAAGUAGAUGUUUAAGGCGUAAGUGACAGCUUGAAGAAUAGUUCGUAUGAAGCAACUGACAUUAGAAGUUGGUCUAUAGUCUUAAGAAUUGUUGAAUGUCUCAAAUGGACUCAUCUAAUGCGUUCAUGUCAAAACAAAACAGAAAACAAGACAAAUGCUGCAGCUUUAUGUCCGCAAAUAAUUCUAAACCACACACUGCAGCAUGUUGCUCGAAAUUUCCGACAUCAUACCUAUACUUGCCACCAGGGGGCAGUGAUUAAUGGUUUUAUUUUGCAGUCACUAUGUAAUGUUUGCGGGCACAAAUGCGACGUGGACGUGGCAAAUCCGUCUCCUGUGAUCAGUCGAGCUGUGAUCCGACUUUGCAUGACAGCCACAAUUUCAGACAAUGUAAAUUAUACAGUGUAGUGUUACAGCCAAGAUACAGCAAGACCAAACAAUGUAUGACAUGCCAAAAGGGGGAGGAAAAAAAAGUAUUUUUGGGAUUAAACUCUUUGUAAUUGA